AUGUACCGAUGUGGUGGUACCCAGCCAGCGUCCGUCCUGUAUUACAUCGCGCCCAGUGCGAUGGACUACUGCCCCCAUACUGAGCUAUGUGACUGUACCUGUCACUGUCCAUGUGCUUGCCAUGAUAGUGAUACCAGGUUGCGUGGACCAAUCGACUUGACUGACAAGCCACUGAUUGAGUGCAUUCGAGGGGGAUAUCCAUUGUGGUGGUUAAAGACCGCUGUGACGGUGGGGAAAUGGAAAGAACUCAACUGGCAAGAGCCAGACUCACUCAACACCGCCCUGCAUGUGGCCUGUCAACCUCCGUACUAUGACUACUCUCUCGUCGAGCAUCUCCUUCGUUAUGGAGCAUGCCCGGAUAUUACCAACGCCAAGGCGGAGACGCCGCUUCACAUUGCUGCGGGAUCGAAUAACUUGCCCUGUGCUAGACUACUGUAUAUUCACGGUAGCAGACUCGACUUGAUGGAUUAUAAGCAUCGUUUACCAGAAGACAGAACAAGAGAUGAGCGUACUGUUAACAUGUUGAAUGUUUGGAAGCUGUUGAACUGA